UAGGCAAGUGUCACUGACUAAGGCAGCUAAGACCCAGGUCUUUAUGGGAAGGAAGGCUCCGUUGCUUCUUCCUCUCUCCUGUUCCCUCAGCACUCUCUUAGUGCAAUGGAUGGCAAAGUGGUGAUCCUGGAGGAUGGUCCCCCAACUGUUUCCUGGGGCCCUGAAGAAGAGGAGAAGGAGGAGAAGAUUGAAGAGCGUGGUCAGUGGGCUAAUAAGAUGGAGUUUGUGCUAUCAGUGGCUGGAGAGAUCAUUGGCCUAGGCAAUGUUUGGAGGUUCCCAUAUCUCUGCUACAAGAAUGGAGGCGGUGCCUUCUUUAUCCCUUACUUCAUCUUCUUCUUCACCUGUGGCAUCCCACUUUUCUUCCUGGAGACAGCACUGGGUCAGUACACCAGUCAGGGCAGUGUUACAGCCUGGAAAAAGAUCUGUCCCCUCUUUGAGGGCAUUGGUGUAGCUUCUGUGGUCAUUGAGGCCUAUCUAAAUGUUUACUACAUCGUUAUCCUCGCCUGGGCCCUCUUCUACCUAUUUAGUUCCUUCACCUCACAGCUGCCCUGGACUACUUGUACCAAUUUCUGGAACACAGAAUACUGUGUGGAUUUUAUGAAUUGUUCAGGUUCAAAUAAUCUGAAGUCAUCGAACAAAAGCAUCUCACCAGUCAUCGAAUUCUGGGAGAAGCGGGUCCUGGGCAUUACCAUGGGCAUCCAUGAUCUAGGUGCCCUACGCUGGGAGCUGGCCCUGUGCCUUCUGCUUGCCUGGAUUAUGUGCUAUUUCUGCAUCUGGAAGGGAAUUAAGACUACAGGGAAGGUGGUUUAUUUCACAGCCACAUUCCCUUAUCUGAUGUUGAUCAUCUUGCUGAUUCGAGGAGUCACCCUUCCGGGGGCCUAUGAAGGGAUCAUCUAUUACCUGAAACCAGACUUGGUCCGCCUCAAGGACCCCCAGGUGUGGAUGGAUGCAGGCACUCAGAUCUUCUACUCCUUUGCCAUCAGUCAGGGUUGCCUCACCGCCCUGGGCAGCUACAACAAAUACCACAACAACUGUUACAGGGACUGUAUUGCCCUCUGCUUUUUGAAUAGUGCAACCAGCUUUGUGGCUGGCUUUGUUGUCUUCUCCAUCUUGGGCUUCAUGUCUCAGGAGCAAGGGAUGCCCAUCUCUCAAGUGGCAGAAUCAGGUCCUGGCCUGGCCUUCAUUGCAUUCCCUAAGGCAGUAACCAUGAUGCCCAUAUCUCAGCUUUGGUCCUGUCUCUUCUUCAUCAUGCUGAUAUUCUUGGGACUGGAUAGCCAGUUUGUCUGUAUGGAGUGCCUGGUGACAGCCUCCAUGGACAUGUUCCCCAGGCAGCUACGGAAGCCAGGGAGGAGGGAACUCCUCAUCCUCUUCAUGGCUGUCGUGUUCUACUUGAUCGGACUUCUCCUUGUCACUGAGGGUGGAAUGUACGUAUUCCAGCUGUUUGAUUAUUAUGCCACCAGUGGCAUGUGCCUACUCUUCCUUUCAUUUUUAGAGGUGAUCUGCAUUGGCUGGGUGUAUGGAGCCGAACGUUUCUAUGAUAAUGUUGAAGACAUGAUUGGCUACCGGCCAUGGCCACUGGUGAAGAUCUGCUGGCUUUUCCUAACUCCUGGACUUUGCUUGGCCACAUUUCUGUUCUCCCUGAUCAAGUACACACCCCUCAAAUAUAACAAUGUCUAUGUGUACCCACCAUGGGGAUAUUCAAUUGGCUGGAUGCUGGCACUCUCUUCCAUGGUCUGUGUUCCAAUCUUCUUCAUUAUAGGCUUACUGAAGAGUCAAGGCUCCUUCAAGAAGCGCCUUCAACAACUUAUCUCCCCAGCCUUGGAUCUGCCGCAGCCCAAGCGGUAUUCCGAUGGUGUUCAUAGGCCGAGUUGUUCAUUUUCUCCAGCUAAAGAGGGACUGAUGACCUUGGAGAAAGAGACUCACCUGUAGACCACGGUGGGAGCUUGGAGAGAUUAAUAGUCAGAAACUUGAGAUGAGCCUCUUCAGUGCCUUCUUAUCAGAUAGCAUUCCCUUAUUCCCCCCCUUGUUCUAAUUCUAUCAUGCAAAAAAUGGGAAUGAAAAUGGCUUCCCUUGUAGCAAGGGCCAAAUUCCUAUCAUUUCCUCAGGUGGUGCAGCUAUAUUCCUAACUGCUUCUUCCUGGAUGAGCAUAAAUGACUUGGUUAAAGAUGUUAUCACUGGUACAUGCCAUGCGAUAAAGGGGUGUCUUGUUGGAAUACACUAUCUUAUACAUAGGGGAAAGGAAUCAUUUUGCAAAUCAGUAUGUUGUGAGAAUUUGAGGAAGGUCAGAGAGAGAGAGAGAGAGUUAUUUGACUAGAGUAUGUCACAUUAGGAGAGAACAUCUAAAGCCAUACCCCAUGCGGUAUGGCUUGUGUGUUGGGGAGGGGAUCUCUGUUGGAGCACAUUUCUGGUGAGAGGAUUAUAAAUAGAAUUACCAUGAUGUAAGGAGAUUUCAUGUGAAAUGUACUAUGUGUUGAUUUGGGGGUCCCCUCAAAACAUGCAAAGACGUGGAAUGCAUUAGAAAAUAUGCCCAUUAUGUUUCAGUACUUCCAUUAAAAUUGAUUAGUAGGCAGUCAUGUCUUCAAAAUUGUCCUAGAAAUAGUCUUCCCUUGGAACAGGGGAAAUGGGAAGGGGAAAGGACAGAAUCUAGAACCUGGUGAUUUUAAUCCUAAGGUUUAAUGGAAACUCUUACCCCCAGGUAAGGAGAACCAAUCAAAAGGAAAGUUUUUUGGCAUGUUACUAUCAAUGCCCACAAAGUCUCUGGAAGUAACUGUUCCUCAUUAGUGAUCCCCUAGUUCCAUGUUUUCAUUCCAUCAGAAACAAUAGCACUGGGAAGUGGGGCAAGGAGACAAUUGCCACAAGAAAAACUGAACACACCAUUUUCCCUCUGCCCUUGCCCUCCUUAGCCCCUUUAACCCUACCAGGACUUGUACAAAUUAUUCUACUUUGGAGGAAAGUUUAAAGCAGGACAUAGAAAUAAAAUUGUGAAGUUCUUGGA